AUGUAUUCAGAUAAAACCAAAAGAUCUUUUAAUUUUCAAAUUGUAGAAUCAAGUGAAGAUAUGAUGGAUCUUAAAAGUGAGGCAGCUAACAAACUAGAUAUGGUACUUGAGGUUAGUGAAGUGCCUAGUCAAGGAAAUGACAAAUAUAAAGUCAAAUUUGAUGAACUAAAGGUGUUAUUGAAUGAAGAUGAAAUUGAGCAGAAUUUAGCUGAUGAUAAUAAUCAAAAUUCAGAGAAGGAGGACAGUGAAAAAAGUAAUGAUAAUAAAGAGGAGGCUAAUAUGAUAGAGAAUGACUACAAAGAGGAAGUUGAUAAAAGGUAUAAAGGAAAGAUGAACUAUGAAGCUGAAGAGGAAAUCGAUGAAAUAGCGGAAUUUGAUGAAAUAGAGGAUGAAGAAACUAGUGUCAUAGAAAAAAGGAGAAAGAAAAAAAGUAAAUGCGAAACAUCAAGAAAUAGUGAAAAUGUUAAUGUUAAUUUAGAGACACAAGAAUUACAAGAACUACUUCAAAAUAAUAGUGUCGAAUCUUCAAUAUCUGCAACUAGUAUCGAAUCUUCAACAUUAACAAAUGCCACUAGAUAUCAAUAUAAAGUGUUGUUACAAAAUAACUCACCUUCAUCUCAUCGACAACGCUCAUACUCACCUUCAUUUCAUCAACAACGUUCACCCUCGCCUUCAUCUCAUCGACAACGUCUACUUUCAAUCCAUUGA